AUGUCGCAAACAAACGCUGCCGUUGCUCCUUUUCCUCCUCCUCCCAAGUUUUACGAGGAGUUCGAGCCUCAUUCGAACAAGGAGUUUCAAUGCCCCGCGCCUCCUCCGCCCAUAGAAGGGCCUUACGUCAUGUUCGGAACCUUGUACGAUACUUCUUUCGCGCCACAACAGCCCCAUGCUGCUCUUGCCGAGAAGGGGUUGGAGCUGGGCAUCUCAGACAGCGAAUCGCAGUCGCCGAUUGCCAUCAUGAGGCUGUUGAAUAGGGCACUUCCAGACUUGCAGCUUGCUGUCUUCCUUGGUGACGAAUAUUUGAACCUUUUGAAGCUCAUGAUCGAACGCCCAACGCUCUGCCGCUCUGAAGAAGAUCAGAAGAAAAUUCGAGAGAUAGACGAGCAGCGAGGAAAGAUUGAAAGCAUCAUCGGAGCGAUGCAUCUCACCCUCUCCCGAUUUCGGCCAUAUCAGGCAAGACAGGCGUUGAUCACAACACUGCGCGCUCAGGUACCUUUCUCAUGGGAUGUGUUAGCAUCGGAAUGUCGAAUGAAAGCUCAAGCUCUUAUUUCCAAUGCCUCCAAGCAGCUGAAGGAUGCGGGAGAAUCUCUUCAGAAGGCAAGUCAGACCAAAGCUCAGAUUCUUGCAAACGCAAGCGCGUACGCGAAGAAGGACAGUGAGUCGUCGUGUCGUCCUCUCUCUGCUCCCAAGCUCACUGUGUUCUACUCAGCUGCGCAGCCCCCUGCUAGAACGCCCACACCUGCAGCAGUAGCUGCUGCUUCUGCUGCUGGAUCAUCGUCGGUGAAUUCAACUGCAGCAGCGACAGACACAGAAGCAGCUCCAUCAGGGGAGAAGGAGAAGGAGCAGGCAAGCAAAGACUCCGACGAGGCAAAGGAUAAACGAUCAGCUAAGGAGAAGGUGUCCCCUUGCCCGAUGACUGAGCAAAGCUUGACAUGUUGA